AUGGCAUCCUCAGUUACUUCCUCAUUUCGUAUCAGUAAUUUGAAGUCUGCUUUUGUGGGUGAGACAAAUAAGCUCAGAGUUUCAGGUGUUUCUGGUGCUCAGGUUGGUUUUGUUAGAAAGACUAUAGAAUGUAAGGAAUCACGAAUCGGUAAGCAACCAAUUAGUGUGCCAUCAAAUGUUACAGUCAAAUUGGAAGGACAGGAUAUUCAAGUCAAAGGUCCUUUGGGAGAACUUGCAUUAACUUAUCCUCGAGAAGUGUUGGUUGAGAGGGAAGAGUCAGGGACUAUAAGGGUUAGAAAGGCAGUUGAAACCAGAAGAGCCAAUCAAAUGCAUGGGCUUUUUAGGACGCUCACAGACAACCUGGUUGUUGGAGUUUCUAAAGGUUUUGAAAAGAAGCUUCAGCUUGUUGGUGUCGGUUAUCGUGCAAUGGUAGAAGGAAACGAAGUCGUACUGAAUCUUGGAUUUUCACAUCCUGUCAAGAUGGCAAUCCCUACUGGUCUCAAAGUGAAGGUGGAAGAAAACACCAGAAUCACAGUUAGUGGGUUUGAUAAAUCUGAGGUUGGCCAGUUUGCUGCUUCCAUUAGGAAAUGGAGACCCCCAGAACCAUACAAAGGAAAGGGUGUCAAAUAUGCUGAUGAAAUUGUAAGAAGAAAGGAAGGAAAAGCAGGGAAGAAGAAGUAA